AUGGACACGGAAGUGAAGCAGAUGGCGAGGCAAGCGGCUUCCGGGCAGCUUGGCCUUCCGCCCCAGUAUCCUCUUGGUGAAUGGACAUCAGAGAGCGAGGGGGAGAGCAUCAAGGAUGCCUUUCGGAGCACCAGCAGCAAGGAGAGACUCCGGUUCCACCAGUGGAACACCGAGGAAGGGAGGCUGCGGGCUGACAGCGGAAUCGGGGACCACUGUUUGCUCUGUGACCGCAGCGAAGAAAAUGACUUGGAGGUUGCGUUGAAAAGAUCUGUGGUACCCGAGAGCCAAAGAACUGACGCAGUUUGGAGACUUGACUCUCUGUUUCCAAGCUUCCCCUCUAGAAACCAAAUCUUUCCUUGUUGUUCUCUUCAGAACUCAACUGCUGUUGAAGAAGAAGACCUGGAAAUCACCCAAGAUAUUUGCAGCCAGGAAGACGACUUGGAGACAUUCCAAGAAAUCUGUGGGAGGGAAGAAUGCCCCACAGAUGCAGAGCAACGAGGAAAACUAUUUCCCCACUGCGGCACAGAGGCGAAACAUCUCCAUGGCAAGGCGCCAGGGGAGGAUUUGUUUACACCUGCAGCCAGGUCACUCAUCGAUAUUCAGGACUUGUCCAGCAUCAUCUGCGAGGACACGUUUAAGGCAACGCCAUACGAAACUCCCAGGAGCAGUCACUCGCCCAUGGAUGCCAGCACUCCACUUAGCCCAGGUAACAGGUGAGGGAUGGAGGAGGUG